AUGUCUCUCGAGCGUGUUGAUUCUGUCGAUCCGUCGGAGGUUUACGACUACAUUGUGUGCGGAGGCGGCACAUCAGGCUGCGUAAUCGCCGGCCGCCUAGCCUCAGACCUCGACGUAAAAGUCCUCGUCCUGGAAGCUGGACCCGACAAUGCGGACCUCGAGAAUGUGCACAUGGCUGGUGGGUGGAGUAAGAACUUUGACAGCGAGACGGAUUGGAAUCUUGUGACAGAGCCGAUGAAGACGAUUGACGAUAGACGCGUGAAGCUUAGCCGAGGAAGGUUUCUGGGGGGGUCGAGCGGCGUUAAUGGGACGUUGUGUAUCCGCGGCAUGAAGCAGGACUAUGACGACUGGGGAUUGAGCGAGUGGACGGGGGAAAAGAUGUUUGAGUUCAUGAAACGGGCGGAGACAUUCCAUGAGAAAGACUGGCAUGAGGCGGAUAAAUCUGUUCACGGUACGGAUGGGCCUCUGCAUACUGAGCCACACGACCUUGCACCGAUCUCAGAGCGUGUCAAGGAGAGUAUGAUUGACCAGGGCUUGCCUUACCAUCCCGAUAUGUUUUCUACUGGUGAGACGCCACAUGGCUGUGGUGACGUGCCACGGACAGUGCAUCAAGGUGUCCGGACCACGGCUGCAGACUUCAUUACCAGGGGGCAUAAGCGAGAGAAUAUAACCAUCAAGACUGAGGUCACGGUAGACAAGAUUCUGUUCAGCCAAGACGCAGAAGAGCUGACUGCGAUCGGGGUUGCCGCGAUCUCGACGAAUGGCAAGAAAGUCGAAUAUCACGCUCGGAAAGAAGUGAUUGUUGCAGGAGGAGCCUAUUGCAGUCCGCCUCUCUUGAUGCGCUCUGGUCUCGGUCCCAAGGAGCACCUAGAAAAGCACGGUAUUGAGUGCCUAGUAGAUCUCCCAGGCGUGGGGGGAAACCUCAUGGAUCACGUCCUCUGCUUCAUCUUCUACGAAGUCUCCGAACCCAACCUCACAAACGACCACCUCGCCUACCACGACAACGCCAUCGCCUCCACCUACAAACUCUACCAAGAAAAGAAAAGCGGCAUCCUAUCCACCUUUCCCUUCGGCAUCUUCGGCUACGCGCGUCUAGACGAGCGCCUCAAAGACUCUGAACUUUGGACCAACGCCCCCCGCCAGGGCGGCAGAGAUCCCAUGGGCCUGCUCCCUUCCCAGCCCAACAUCGAGCUCUGGAACACCGAGCUCUACGGCGGCCCAAAGCAGUACACCGACUUCCCCGUCGACCACAAACACGUCUUCGCGCAGUGCGCGCUCCUGUUCAACCAGCAUUCUCGCGGCUCGGUGACGCUGAAAUCGAAGGACCCGUUGGAGAAUCCCGUCAUCGAUCACAACUACCUAAGCGACCCGCUGGACAUGCUCGUCCUAAGCGAGGGGUGUCGACUCGCAAAUGACAUCGUUAUGAAAGGUAAGGGAACGAAGGAUGUCAUCAAGGGGAGCUGGCCGAGUAACUUGACGCAUCAUGCCAAUGCGACGAGAGAGGACUGGGAAGAGCAUGUGAGACAGCAUGCCACAACCUGCUACCAUGCAUCAGGCACAUGUGCGAUGGGCAAGCCUGACGAUAAGGAUGCUGUGCUGGACGGACGGUUGAGGGUCCGGGGUGUGAGGAAUCUGCGUGUGGCCGAUUGCUCUUCGGUCCCGAGGGUUAAUAAUGGCCAUACGCAGAUGGUGGCUUAUGGCAUUGGCGAGGGCGCUGCUGAGAUGAUCAAGGAGGACGCUCAGGGCUCGCUCUCAAAGUUAACGUCUGGAGUAGCUAAGUUGGCUGUGUAA